CAUAACAACACCCGAGUACAGACCAAACUGUGUUCUGACUGAAGGGGAACCGCUCAGCAUUGUGCUUGUUGGUAAAACGGGUAAUGGAAAAAGUGCCACAGGAAAUACAAUUUUCGGGAAACAUCAACUUUUCAAGUCUUCACCUGGCACAAAAUCUCAGACAAAGACGUGCCAACUAGAACAUGGACUUGUAGCAGGACGAGAAAUAUAUCUGGUUGAUACACCCGGUAAUAUGGAUACAAGGCAUCCGAAAGAAUGCUUGCAGGCGAUUGGUUCUGCUAUUUAUAUGUGUCCAGAUGGGUAUGAUGCUGUACUACUCAUUCUAAGAUUUGGCAAUCGUAUGACAGAGGAAGAAAGAAAUGCUGUUCGUGAAAUACGAAAGCUCUUUGGGCAAGACAUAUUCUCCAAAUAUGUUGUGAUAGUGUUCACAUAUGGCGAUAAUUAUGACAGUGAAGAACCAUUUGGAGACUUUAUAUUUGAAGAUGCUGACGGUUUCUUACAGAAUCUGAUCACUGAAUGCAAACACCGGGUUGUACUGUUCAACAAUAGAUUCAAAUACGCUGAGGCUGAAUUGGAAUCGUUCCAUCAGGUGUCAAAACUUAUGGAAAUCAUUGACCAGCUCUGGAGAUGCAACAAUGGCAUAAAGUACAAUAAUGACUUUUUUAAAGAUGCCAAGGCGUUGCAUUUGGGAAUAGAGGAAACUGACAAGUCUUUGUGGGAGCAGUUGUAUAAAGAACAGGCAGAGCUUGAUGAACAAUUACAGACUGACCAAAAAGCCAAGCUUAAGAAAGGAGAGACUGAGAACUUUAAUAAAAUGAAAGAGAUCAAAGAGCAACAGUUUUUAAAAGUUGAACACUUUGGGUGGAAGUUGAAUGAUAUCAUAAAGAAAGAACAAGAUGAAUCUGAAACAAAGUUGAGGGGUGUACUGUCGAUGCACAUUGAACAAUGGCAAAAGGCUUGGGUACAGGAAGUUGAAGAUAUUUGUGAAAACAAUGAACGAAAGUUUUCUGCAUUACUGGAGAAAGACCAAGAACUGAAGUUAGAACUGGACACAGACAAUGACAUGAGAACUUCAGAAGAAGAACUAACAGCAUUAUUUGCUUCAAGCGCUCACAGUGAUGGAAACUUGAAAGAAUGUUGGAACGAAUUCCGGGAGAAAGUAAAUGAAAAGAAGAAAUCCAGCAUGAUGAUGUGGGAAAGUAAGGUACACGAGGUGUUUGGCAAAAAGGUUAAAGGACUAAGGGGGUUUACAAAGAAUACAGUUUCAGAAUUAGAGAAUGAGUGGUUACAGGAUAUGGAACAGAGAAGUGCUGAACACCUUUUAGACACUGAUAAGCUCAUUUCUGAAAAGAAGGAAGGUGUCUUGGAGAGAGUGAAGGCCAUGUUUGAGGCCAAAACACACCUGGAUAACUGGAGGGACGAAAUGGAUACUGUCCAGGAUGGCGAGGAGCUACAAUGCAGAAACAGCAUUACUGAUAUUCUCUCUGAAAGAAAAGGACGAAUUGAAGAAAUGAUCAAUGAGAUACGUAAACGGAAUGAAGAAGAAUGGCAGAAAAAGCUUGAUGCUAUAUGGAGUGACAAGUACAAAGAAAUGCAAAAGUCAUUGGUUCAAGAGAAAUAUUACCGAGAAGAAAAGUGGAAGCUCGACACACAAAAAGAAAUUGGAUCAUAUUUGACUGAGAUACAGGCUAGGUUCAAGAGAGAAGUGAAGACUAGACAGAUUGAUGACAUAAUGACCCCGGUCCAACAGAAAAUGACAUGUGAUCGGGAGCUUCUACUUCAAAGGCUAUCAGACACAUUGACAAGCGGAAGCAAAACGUAUGAAGAAAAAUGGCAUGAAACCACUGGAAGCCAGACUCUUCUUUCAAUGAAUCUGAAGAGUGAGGAUCGAUUGCAGCAGUCUAUGAUGCAGAACACACUGGAACAAAGACACAUAUCCAUGAACAGAUGGAGAAAUACAGCAAGGACCACUACUGAGUGUCAGACAAGAAAAUUUAAACAAUGUUUGAAUAACAUAUACUGUGACUCCAACAGAAAGUGGACACAAGUGUUGAAAGAAACAUUAUUGACCCAAAGUCAGUCAUGGAAACAAAAACUGCGCCAGGUAAAUCAAGAAUAUGAUGAAGUUAUGAAGAGACAGAUUGAUGAAACGCUCAAAAAGAAACUUUUAAAGCGGAAUGAAUUGCUACAUGACUUCACUGAAUAUGAAGAACAAUGGAAAUCUAACCUUGAACAUAUCAGGUAUGAAUUUGAAACCAAAUGGAAAGAAAUGAUUAAACCACUUUCCAGAAAUGUUGAUUUCAGGAUCAGCGAAGAGGAUAUAAUCAGGGUUAAACAGGCAUUCGAGGAAAAGAUGUACUUCAAUCGAAAUGACCAAGAACAGGAAUGGCUUACAGAAGAACAAAAUCUUGUUGAAAACAUGACAGAAAACCUUAGGAAGAGGCUGUCAGACAGGCGAGGCGCUCAGGAGGAGCAAGACAAGGAAUGCAUGGAGGCUGAAAUACGCAAACACACAGCAACCUUAAAAAAGGAGAUGGAUAUAUAUGUUGAAGAAGUAUACAAAUACUGGCGAGAUGUAUUUGAUGGUGGCAUGGAGAAGAAACUAAGGGACAUAAGGCAUUUAGUUGGAGAGUACCAGGCAGCAAACAUGAAAACUUGGAAAGAAAAUGCUGAGCGAAACGUCUCUUGCAUCAUUUCAAACUGGACUCAGGAAAUGAUGGACAUACUGAAAACAAGGGAAAGUGAGUGGAAUCAGGCCAUCGAACGGCUGUGGUUAGAGAAGGUAUGGCAACUGAAGAUUGAGCUAAGGACCUUGCAAUCCCACUCUAGAAGAGAGAUAGAAAGUAUCACCUACAGAAAGGUGAAGAUAUCUUCUGAGGAACUGAACCAAACUCUUAAAAGGAAACGCCAAAACAUGGAGGCGACCUGGAGUGAUCAUAAUAUGAUGGACCUCAAUACCAUGAUGGAGAGGGCUCUAGACAAAGCCAAGCUGGCU